CGCGUUUUCAUGCCUCAGGCAUCUUAAGGCACCAAUCCUUAUCGGGCACCUGACAGCUCUCCGAUUAUCUUGCCGAAUCCCGCGGGCAACUCCAGAUCGGCGCCAUUUUCUGGAGCCUCGAAGAUAACACCGCUGCUUCCAUGACUUUCUCACUCCUCGUCGCCUCCUGAUCAUGAGGAUCGUCCCUAUCUAUUCAUCCACCAUCACACAGUCGGAGCAUGAUUGAACUCGGCCUUAGUCGGAUCGUCCGCCUACUCCAGCAGACUCCGCUGACCUGGAAGGCCAUCCAUAUUGCUGGCACCAAUGGCAAAGGCUCGAUCAGCGCCUACCUGUCGCAUUUGUUGUCGGCUGGCGGAGUCCGCUGCGGUCGCUUUACCUCCCCUCAUCUGAUUGACCGCUGGGAUUGUAUCACCAUCGGCGAGAAGGUCGUUCAAGAGUCGCUCUUCCGGCAGAUCGAAGCGAGAGUCAAGCUCCGAGAUCAAACACUGGGUAUCGGCGCAAGUGAGUUCGAGCUGUUGACUGCCACUGCCUUUGAGAUCUUCAAUCAUGAGCGGGUCGAUAUCGGGGUGGUUGAAGUUGGCAUGGGCGGUCGCCUGGAUGCGACCAACAUCUUGACUGACGUCUUGGUUUCGGUCAUCGCGAAGAUUGGCCUGGACCAUCAGUCCCUGCUUGGCGAUACCAUUGAACAAAUUACAAAGGAAAAGGCGGGGAUCUUGAAGCCGGGUGUUCCAUGUGUGAUUGAUGGCACCAACUCGCCGGCUGUGAUCCGAACUAUCGAAGAUCGCGUCAAGGAACUCAAGAUCGAUGCGGUUUACACACGCCCUGAUGCGCCGGAUCAUCACUCGCCGUCGCUUAGCCAGCUCUUCGCUACCCUCGAUCUACAGCCUCACCAGCGAGCAAACAUGACCUGUGCCGUUUCGGCGCUCAAAGUUGCCCUGCACCGAUUCCGUCCCGAGAUCGAUGUCGAUGCGCUCGUUCCGCAACUGUCCAAGGUGGAGUGGCCGGGGCGCCUACAGAAUCUUGUCUUAAAACCGUUGGCAGCCCGUGAGGAGCCAGUUUUGCUGGACGGCGCGCACAAUACUCAGUCGGCUGAAGUCCUCGGGGAAUAUGUGGACCGCAAACUACGUCCACAAGGGAAUGUCACCUGGGUUAUCGCGGCGUCCCGCGGCAAGGAUAUCGAAUCCUUGUUUCAUUCGAUCAUCAAGGCCGGCGACCGAGUCGCGAUCACCGCAUUCGGCCUCGUUGAUGGUAUGCCGUGGGUCAAGGCAAAUGAUCCAGAGGAGGUAGCAUCGUGUGUCCAGUCAAUUCCAGGAAUCGGGCCAGUCCAGACCUUUGGGGACGACAUCCCCGCCGCUAUCAACUGGGCCUGUGAGGAAGCCAGUGGCGGCCCGCUGGUCAUCGCUGGCAGUCUUUAUCUGGCGUCAGACGUUCUCCGUCUUCUCCGCGAGGCGAAAAAAAUAACCAUAAAUUACGACAACGAGUAAAAUGCCUCUACCGACAGAGAUACCCUUCAUCCGCAGCGUUUUGGCGUAUCUGUAUAUAGCAUGCAUGAGUAAUGGAAACGCAUUGUUGUUCUGAG